ACUUAACAAUGCGCUCCCGCUCCAAAGACGUCCGCCGACUCUUUCACACCACCGUCUCCGAGAUCACCUCCAUCCACCACCCUACCCUUCCCUCCUCUUCUAACGCUGUUAAUAAUAACAAUCUCAGUAACAAUAAACCGAAGAAAAACAAGAGGAGGGACAAUUCGGCCACCUCCGACGCCGAGAUCCUGCGAUGGAACAAGAUCAUUACCGACCAUAUGCGCCACGGCCGCUGCGACUUCGCCGCCGACCUCUUCUACCGGAUGCCCUCCCGCUCCACCGUCUCCUGGAAUGCUAUGAUCUCGGGCUACAUCGCCAACAGCCGCUUCCCUCUCGCCCUCCGCCUUUUCGCUGCCAUGCCCCGCCGCGAUGCCGUCUCCUGGAACACCAUGAUCCACGGUCACGUUUUGAACCGCGACCUCGCGUCGGCCCGCCGCCUGUUCGAUGAAAUGCCCGAUAAAGACACCGUCUCCUGGAACACCAUGAUCUCCGCAUACGCCAGCAGCGGUCUCGUCGAGCUGGCACAGGACAUGUUCGACCGCUCCCCGAUCAAGAAUGCCAUCUCCUGGAACGGCCUUCUCGCUGCCUAUGUCGGGAAUGGCCGCCUCGAAGCCGCGCGGCAGCUGUUCGACUCGCAUCCGCACUGGGAGACUGUCUCCUGGAAUGCCAUGAUUGCUGGCUACGCCCAGAGGAAGAGGAUGGCCGAUGCCCGGCAGCUCUUCGACCGGAUGCUGGAGAGGGAUGUGGUGUCGUGGAAUACCAUGAUAUCGGGGUAUGCCCAGAGCGGCGAUAUGGCUGAAGCGAAGAGACUUUUUGAUGGGUCUCCUUAUAAGGACGUAUUCACUUGGACGGCGAUGGUUUCCGGGUACGCCCAAAAUGGGAUGCUGGAGGAGGCGAGGGGGAUGUUCGAUAAGAUGCCAGAGAGGAACUCGGUCUCAUGGAAUGCAAUGAUCGCAGCAUAUGUGCAGUGUCGGAGGAUGGAGGAGGCGGAGGAGCUUUUCAAUUCAAUGCCAUGCAGGAAUGUCAACUCCUGGAACACAAUGAUCACGGGGUAUGCACAGGCCGGGAUGAUUGAACGGGCUCAUGAGAUGUUUGAUAUGAUGCCCCAGAGGGAUUCCGUUUCGUGGGCUGCCAUGAUUGCUGGGUUAUCUCAGGGUGGAUUCGGUGAGGAGGCGUUGCGGCUCUUUGUAGAGAUGGGUAGGAGUGGGGAGAGGAUGAACCGGUCAUCUUUCACUUGUGUGUUGAGCACAUGUGCUGACAUUGCAAUGUUGGAGUGUGGAACGCAGGUGCAUGGGAGGCUUGUGAAGGCAGGUUACGGGAUGGGUUGCUUUGUUGGGAAUGCGCUUCUCGCAAUGUAUUGUAAGUGUGGGAGCAUAGAUGAGGCAUACAAGGCAUUUAAGGAGAUGGCAGAGAGGGAUGUUGUCUCGUGGAACACCAUGAUUGCUGGUUAUGCUAGGCAUGGGUUCGGGAAGGAGGCGUUGGAAAUAUUUGAUACCAUGAGAACAACAGACACAAAGCCAGAUGACAUUACCAUGGUUGGCGUCCUGUCCGCAUGUAGCCAUGCAGGGUUGGUGGAUAAAGGCAUUGCUUACUUUUAUUCUAUGCAUCAAGAUUUCGGGAUAACAGCAAAACCAGAACACUAUACUUGCAUGAUGGAUCUUCUUGGCCGAGCAGGACGCUUGGAGGAUGCUGAGGCUCUUAUUAGAGAGAUGCCAUUUGAACCAGAUGCAUCCAUGUGGGGUGCUUUAUUAGGUGCAAGCAGGAUUCAUCGGAACACUAAAUUAGGUGAGAGGGCAGCUGAAAGGAUAUUUGAGAUGGAGCCUGAUAAUGCUGGAAUGUAUGUUCUUCUUUCAAAUCUAUAUGCAUCGUCAGGUAAAUGGACUGAUGUAGAUAAAAUGAGGGUAAUGAUGCGGGAAAGAGGUGUGAGGAAAGUUCCUGGGUUCAGUUGGAUCGAGGUGAAGAACAAGGUUCAUACAUUUUCGGUUGGCGACUCGGUGCACCCCGAUAAGGAGAAGAUAUAUAGUUUUCUAGAGGAACUGGAUAUGAAGAUGAAGAAAGCAGGUUAUGUAUCUGCUACAGCAAUGGUUUUGCAUGAUGUGGAAGAGGAGGAGAAAGAACACAUGCUGAAGUAUCACAGUGAGAAGCUUGCUGUUGCAUUUGGAAUUUUAAAUGUUCCCCCUGGGAGGCCCAUUCGUGUGAUCAAGAACCUCAGAGUAUGUGAAGACUGCCACAAUGCUUUCAAGCAUAUAUCUGCUCUUGAGAAGAGGUUGGUAAUUUUGCGAGAUUCCAAUCGUUUUCACCAUUUUAGUGGUGGGUCGUGCUCAUGUGGGGAUUACUGGUGAGAGUAAACAGAUUUUAGCGUUGUCAAAGUUGUUCUGCAACAUCAUAAUUUGAUAUUUACUGAAAGAACCCUAGAGUUUAUUUACAUGCGUUUUACCAGCAAAAGUUGCCCGAUACCAUACAAAUUUCAAAAGGAAGAAAUUUGGAUAAUACCAUUCCGGAUCAGAAGUUUCAAGGAUAUGUCUUAUUGUGAUUGGUUGAAAUUUAGAAUAAGAUUGAAUUCAUAAAAGAAACCUGAAUUGAGAUACAUUUUGUUGCUGUUGAAAUGGUUUCUUGUGCCAACUUUGUGAAAAUACCAUAUCUGCUUUAGACUGAAUGAUGAGGGAAGAGGACCCCUCAGAAAUGAAGUGAGAAAAUAUAUGGUAAAGCCAGUGGUGGUGCAUUAUCAUAACAAAU